AUGGUGGAGGACACCGUCGUGCUCACCAACCGCCACGAGUCGCAGCGGGUGAUGAACAUCGGGAACGUGGCGGCACGGGUUGACAGAGGUCAUCGGUUACAGAAUGAGGAAGCAUUUCUGGCGUUGUCUCAGAGUCGCCAACGGCGGGAGCGAGCAAGGGGCUUUGGUCUCCCGGUCGAUGUGAAGUCAUGGGGCUUCCAACACGCCGUGGGAUCAGAUUCUCUUCCAUUCGAGGAAAUCAAGGAUAAUACUGUGAAGAUUAAAGUGAUUCCAAUCAGAUUCAAGUGGCCCGGCCAUGGCGAUGCGGCAUCACCGGAGAAGAGAUUGAAAGUGGGAAAAGGAUUUGGUGAUUCAAAUCAUCUGGGGGUGGAGCCAACCAGUCAGAGAUGGUGGUUACGCCCACCCCCCAAGGUUUUGGAGGUCACGGGAAUCCUAGGGCACGGACCGAGGGGAGGGACACGCGGCAAUGAUCCAGGGGGGGGGUUGAGCGUGAGGUGGUGGAGGGGGACACCGGGGGAACUUUGGCAUGGCGAGAGGGAUUUGGCGCCGGAAGGCAGGAUAGAGGUAGGGGCCGUGCCACUGGCCGAAACCUUACCUGGGAGCGUACUAACAAAGAUUCCGUUGCGAGAGAUGAUGCAGCUAAAGAAGAAGAGCAACAGCAAUCUGCUGAAGAGAGAUGGGAGGGAAAGAAGGGCCAGGACAAGCAGUCUGAUGAUCAGUGUGGUGUGGGGGGGGGGCAAGAAAGCUGAGGAUGCUCCUGGUUCCUCGCAAGGAUUGCUUGUGAAAUCUGUGGUAUGUUUAACCAUGUCACCAAAGAUUGUAGAAGACUCUGUUGUGAGAUAUGUGGGGUUCAAGGUCAUAUGGCGUAUGAUUGGUGGUAAGAAGCAGGCUGCAGAUGUGACAUUGUCUGCUCCUCCUAAAUUGGGCAGCAAAGGUACUAAUGGAGGGGGUGUAGCUCUGCAGAAACCUGUUGAAGGUGAGGAUAGUGGGGGGAAGGUUAACAUUCCUGAAACCUUUGAAGAAUCUGAAUCUGAUUGUGACUUGACUGAUAGAAUCAGAAGAAUUGAUGGUUUUGGAGACAUUGGGCAAGGAUGCUCAGGGCAGAAGAAUGGUGAGGACUCUCAACAAUUCUGGUACAUGGAAGCAAACACCACAAAUGCUUGUAUGGAUCAUCUCAUAGGUGGUACAGAGAAAUCAAGGAAAAGUGGGACUGGAUAUAUGAACUCUGAGAAACAACUCUAUGAUACAAACACAACUGAAGAAGGCAACACUCAGACUGAAGUGGAUGUCACUGAAGAAGCUAUUGUAUACACUCAAGAAAGUGUUGGGACUGAAGAAGAGAAGAAUGGGCAGGAAGGACAGCCCGAGAUACAAGAGGCUCCUUUAUAUUCUGGUUUGUAUGCGGAGGUGGACAGGGUGAUGCUCAUCAAUGGUGUAAACACCAUGUUGAAGGUGGCGAAGGAACUGCUUCUUUCACAAGAAUCGCCUGAAGACAAAUACAAGCGCCUGAAGCUUGAUGACGGCAAGGACGGUGGAGACCAAAACGCCUAA